AUGUACCCCUGUGAUGAGAUUUUUAAUCGAAAUCAUAAUUCAAGAUCAUAUUUUAAUUUUAGCAUAAACUGCCAAGAAAAACCUUUCGACCGAAACCUACAUUCCGUACACAUACUGAACGUCAAUCAACAGAAGACCCGGCGGGGGGGAGUCCCGCGCGUCCGCGACCUCGGGGCGGGAGCGCAGGGGGCAGACGACUCCCCGCCGGCCCCCUGCACCUCGGGCCCGGCUGGCUGUGGCCCGCGCCAAGGUGCAUGCCCAGCCAAGGAGAAGGAGCGGGCACCGCGCGGCAGCGCUUGCUCGAGGGACAAAGUCUGUCAGAAGGUCCUGGGAAAACAGAUUGCUGCUCUCACGCUCGGGGACCAGUUCUACAAGGAAGCCAUUGAGCACUGCCGGAGUUACAACUCACGGCUGUGUGCAGAGCGCAGCGUGCGUCUUCCCUUCCUGGACUCACAGACUGGGGUGGCCCAGAACAACUGCUACAUCUGGAUGGAGAAGAGGCACCGAGGCCCAGGCCUUGCCCCGGGCCAGCUGUAUACAUACCCUGCCCGCUGCUGGCGCAAGAAGAGACGAUUGCACCCACCUGAAGAUCCAAAGCUGCGGCUGCUGGAGAUAAAACCUGAAGUGGAGCUUCCCCUGAAGAAGGAUGGGUUCACCUCAGAAAGCACCACCCUGGAAGCCUUGCUCCGCGGUGAGGGGGUUGAGAAGAAGGUGGAUGCCAGGGAGGAGGAAAGCAUCCAGGAAAUACAGAGGGUUUUGGAAAAUGAUGAAAAUGUAGAAGAAGGGAAUGAAGAAGAGGAUUUAGAAGAGGAUAUUCCCAAGCGAAAGAACAGGACUAGAGGACGGGCUCGUGGCUCUGCGGGGGGCAGGAGGAGGCACGACGCCGCCUCUCAGGAAGACCACGACAAACCUUACGUCUGUGACAUCUGUGGCAAGCGCUACAAGAACCGACCGGGGCUCAGCUACCACUAUGCUCACACUCACCUGGCCAGCGAGGAGGGGGAUGAAGCUCAAGACCAGGAGACUCGGUCCCCACCCAACCACAGAAAUGAAAACCACAGGCCCCAGAAAGGACCGGAUGGAACAGUCAUUCCCAAUAACUACUGUGACUUCUGUUUGGGGGGCUCCAACAUGAACAAGAAGAGUGGGCGGCCUGAAGAGCUGGUGUCCUGCGCAGAUUGUGGACGCUCUGGUCACCCAACCUGCCUGCAGUUCACCCUGAACAUGACUGAGGCUGUCAAGACCUACAAGUGGCAGUGCAUAGAGUGCAAAUCCUGUAUCCUCUGUGGGACCUCAGAGAAUGAUGACCAGCUACUCUUCUGCGAUGACUGUGACCGUGGCUAUCACAUGUACUGUUUAAAUCCCCCGGUGGCUGAGCCCCCAGAAGGAAGCUGGAGCUGCCACUUAUGCUGGGAACUGCUCAAAGAGAAAGCCUCAGCCUUCGGCUGCCAGGCCUAGGGCCCUAGGUCACAGAAUGUGACUUGCUGCUGGAGAGGCUAAAGCAGAGCCCAGCUCAAACCAGAACGCGCCCUCUUCCCACAUAUCCAGACAGACCAACUGUAAGGAAAAGAAAUAGUCCCAGAGGGGCACGGACACAUGGAACCAAGAGGGUGAGGCAUCUCCUGACCUCCCCCGAUAUGUGCGGAACUUCAGCCAGCACCUCCUUGUCUCUACCAGAAGGAAGCUGCUCUUUGGAAGAACACCGCGGCCCUAGCCCCGUGGAACCCCUUUCACUUUUGCCCUAGCACCGAGGCCCUCUCAUUGGUUCCCAUUUUAAGGGAAGCCAUUUCCUGACCACUCAUCUAUCACUUGUGUGUAGUGUGGUGUUUUUUAUCUAUUGUGUUCCAAGAAAUCUUCGCACAGCCCCCGCCCCCUCCAGCUUAGGCUCUUCAUCCUGAAAUUCUCACCUGAGGAACAAAGGGCUGUGGAGAAGUUGUUGUUUAUGGCAAGCCUCACUGGAAACUUCUAGACUUGGAGUCUUGCAAUCCCUUCUUGUUCCUUGGUGUCUGUGGAGACAAAGAGUUGCCUUCUAGAACCUCAGCAGUGGCAUCCACAGCCAGCCUGGUCUUGAUCCACUGCCUCAAGUUACUAGAUGGGGGCGGGGAGGGAGGGAGAGGCGCUGAGACGUGGGAGGAAGCAUUAUGGAAAUGGUGCCAAGGCCCCGCCAUAGCCAGUCAGUACUUG